AUGCCUGGCCAAGAUCCCAGCGAUAUCAAGCUUUCUACUGUCUGGAUUUCACAGGUCUUCCAGACUAGGUCGAUUUCUGCCGGGAGCGAUCCUACUGUGAGUAAUCACACGCCGUCGCGUAAACGCUCCAGCUCCAACGGCAUACAGUUUUAG